GUUGUAAUUUUUUCUAUUUGUCUAUGGUUCGUUAUGGCUUCCUCCUAUUCAUAUCCUGAGUUAUUUUUGGCGGGUUUUAUAUUCACCUUGCCAUUUUUGUACGAAAAAUGCAAUUUUUUCCGAUAUCACUUGAAGUUUUUCUUAUACUAUGCUUAUGUGUUGAUAACAUGUACAGUUUUAUUACCCGUAGUGUUAUUAUAUCCUCGCGACGUUACGAAUCUAAUAGUAGCUUCGCGGUUUUGCCGCUAUGCUUCACAUAUCGUUGGAAUAGAAUGGGAAUUACGAGGAUUGGAAAAUUGGGAUAAUGAGCAAUGUUGCAUAGUAAUUUCAAACCAUCAAAGUUCAUUAGAUAUUUUAGGUAUGUUUGAAAUGUGGCCUCGUAUGAAACGAUGUACUGUUGUCGCUAAGAGGCCUCUAAUGUUUGCGGGCGCAUUCGGGUUCGGAGCUUGGCUUUCUGGAUUAGUGUUUAUUGAUAGAUUAAGAACAGAAAAAGCGCGGCUGCUUAUGAAAGAAGCCACGGAUAGAGUCAUUCAAGAGAAGACUAAGCUCUGGGUGUUUCCUGAAGGAGCGCGAUAUAAUAAAGGCUGCAUACAGCCGUUUAAGAAAGGUGCAUUUUAUUUAGCGAUUGAUGCCCAAAUUCCAAUAAUGCCUGUUGUAUUUAGCCAGUACUAUUUUCUUGACAAUGAAACAAAAACAUUUGAACCAGGAAAAGUUGUUAUCACUACUUUGCCACCCAUUCCAACAAAAGGAAUGACUAGGGAUGACUUGGAAGCCUUAUCUGAUGCAGCUCGUCAACAAAUGAUUGAAAUUUUUAAUGAAAGUUCUAAGGACCUAGUCAAGCAGAAAAAAAUAGCUGUUUAAGAGUUUAUCCCAGACAAGAAAUCAAGGCUUUUAAUGACUUAGUGCUACUAUCUAGAAAUUAUUAUUAUAAAUAAUGUUAAUCGUAUAGAUUAUAAUCAGUAUUUAAUAUCUUAUUUUACUCCAUAAUAUUAUGUUGUCCAUAAAAUACAUAUUUGUUAAGUUACAUCAAGAAUUAAGCACCUUUUGCUGGGGUAUUGUGUUCUAGUCAAUUCUUAUUCCUUAUUAGUUAUAUAGUUAGAUGUUUAUUGCUCACACUCUAAAUAUAUUUAUUUGAAACGCUAGUCAAGUAGAAAAUAAAAUUUGGUGUAUUGUAAAAAUAUAA